AUAUACUCCGAUCUCAUAGUACACUCGUCUGAGAGUGCCAGAGCGCAGAAUAAUUUGUGAAUUUACUCUCAACACCGGUAGAAUAUGGUCGGUGUCAGUAAAAUGUUGCCAGCAGCACAGUUACAGCCACCAACGCUCUGGAUAACAUGAAAACAGCUCUGCUAUGGCAAAUAAAAUAGUCAGUGAGGUGUUCUCUCAUUUGUGUCUGGAAGUAGCUAGCAAGUUAGCUUGACUGCUGAUGUGAGGUCAGACCGCUCGGUUCAACACCACUCCUCGGCAAGAGCGUCCAGUUUACGCUCUGAAUUUACGAAUUGACAACCUGACAACGCUCUGAAUUGACGAACGGCCAGAGCACUUCGGAAAUGCAGAUCAAUUUUUACGAAAACACACAACUUUUUUUUAAGUGGUUACUUCCGGUUCCGGUUUAGACGCCAGGGAAGCUAGCUAGCUAUUUCGAUACAGGUUUCAAGAUUAGAUACGUCUACGUUCCAGCAUGUCUCACAACUACUCCUACAGACGACCAUCACCAGCUAAAGAUCUAAAAGCCAGCUCUUUCGACUCUCCAGAUCACCUGCACCCUGGAGACCACAGUCACAAUGUUUCGUCCCAGGAGCCACCAUCUCAUUCCACAAUACCAUCCUACCCUUACUCUUCAUCCAGAGCCUCCGCUGCCACAGAGUCCCCUUACUCCUCCUCACUAAGCUGGUCAGACCCUUACUCCUCCUCACUAAACAGGUCAGACCAAACUCUCCUGAGCAGCUGUGGGCUCGAGCCCAAAGACUUGUCUCUACUAGCCGAGAUGCCUGAGGAUCUCAUCACCGUGGAGAACCUACCACAUCUGGUCCUGGAGAUCAAGAAGAAGAAGAGGGCGACACAGCAGUCGCCAUAUCCAGCUAUGAUCUCUUACCCUCCUGCUGCCACAUCUCGUCCCCCCUCUGCUACCCCGCCUCCAGGCCGUGUGUGGGAGCAGGGUGACCGGAGUCGUUCUCAGACAUUAGACUACCCGUUGGACAUCCACCCCUCUCUUCCCCCUUCCCAACUUCUUCCCACAGAACAGGCUGAGCCCUGGCAACUAGAUCGGCAUGACAACUCGAUGCAGUACACACGCUCUCGCCUAGAACCUGUACCUGUCCAAGUUGUGGACUACCACUAUGGUAAAGAAACUCCCAGCAGUUACCAAACUCCUCGGUCCACUUACAGCACGGCCCAAGGAGGAAACAGCAACAGGUGGAAACCCCCCAACUCAUCCCAACCAGCAGUAGAUUACAGGUACCCACCACUACAGACUACAGACUACAGACCACGCCCAGAUCAAGAUGUCCCAGUUUUCACAAUCAAGAUGGCCACCUCUGGCAACACUCCCACCAAGAAGGCUGCUCUUGACUUCCACGGAGAAAUCCCCCAAAAGUUUCCUUAUUCGUGCUCUGUCUGUGAUAUUACCGUGCUCUCUGAAAAGUACUGGCUCACACACGCCAAUGGAACUCAACAUGCAGACGGACAGCUCACACUUCUUAAAAUGUAUCCUGAGUGGGAUUGCCGGAUGCAGACCACCAGAAAUGGUGGUGACCACACAGAGAGACCGAACAUUGAAGAGAAGACUGGUGGACCUUCCCAUAGGUUGACUAACUACUUGGGUAAACCGUCAAGUAGCGGCUCUAGAGAAACCAUAGACCCUAAGACAAAGGGGAGUGGCAAAGUGGUUUGUGCCAAAUUUACCGCCCAGUGUCUCAACGAAGAUGGUUUGAAGGACCUGAUUAAACCGUUUGGGGAAGUUGUGAAAAUCAUCAUGUUCCCUGCUUUAGCGUUUGUGGAGAUGGGCUCAACGGACCAGGCCACCGAUAUUGUUACAUACUACCUCAGUAACCCAGUGAUGGUGAAAGGAGGACAAGCCACCUUCUCUGUCUCUUCAACAUUUAAUUUCCUGCAGAGUUCCCGGGUGUUGCGUUUUACCCCUGUGCCAUCUGGUAAAGAGUCUGUCCCGUGGAAGAGAGAGUUACUGGCCGUAGCUAAAAGAUUUGGACCUGUGGAGCAAUCUUUAUUCUUACCUACGCAGGCAUUUGUGGAAAUGACAAAUGCACUGGAUGCACAGAAGCUGGUUGGAUACCAUACGUCCAAACACCUGAAAAUAGAUGAGAUACAUAUUAAGGUGGCCUUCUCAUCAGAGUAUAAUACACUUCCGACCAUAUCUGACAGGAAGUCUUCAGACAGGAAGUCUCCAGACAGGAGCAGGAAGUCUGAAAACCGAUCUAAGAGGAAGAGAACCUCAAGCCCCAGAAGGCGGUCCCUCAGCCCCAGGAGAGAUUCCCCAACCACCUCAAAGAGCAGGAGGAGUAGAGAGAGGGAUAGCGACCGUCACAAAGAACGAGUGAAAUCAAACGGUGGGGGUAAAGGCAGUCUAAGGUCCCCCAGCAAACAAAGCUCCAGCCGAUCAUCCGGAAGCCCUCGCAGGCCAAGGUCCCCCAGAAAACAGAGCUCCAGCCGGUCUUCCAGAAGCCCUUGCAGGCCAAGAUUCCCCAGCAAACAGAGCUCCAGCCGGACCUCCAGAAGCCCUCGCUCCCAUACUAAAGAGAGGUUCUCCAGUGAGAAGACCCCAGGUUCUGGUAAAACAGACCCCAAGAAGGACAAGGUAUCUCCCACUUCCACUCGCUCACAACCUCCCACCAAGGAUAAGACCCCAUCCCAGUCCUCCACUGUGAUGGAGAAGUCCGAAGAGGCUGUCGACAAGACUGACCAGAGGAAGAAAAAAACUGAGACCCAGGAGGAUGGAGCCACGGAGGCCUGUGAUAUGGACAGUGACAUCGAGGGGGUGGAGGUGAUCGGAGAGGACAGCGACAUCGAGGGGAUGGCCGUGUAUGGGGAGGAUGGGGAGGAGAACUCUGACAUGGGAGAGGAGGAAGAGGGGCCAGUAGGGGAGAAAGAGGUAGGGGAGGCAGAAGUAGUGGAGGGAGAGGAAGAUGAGGAAGAGAGUGAGGAGGGAGGAGAGUUAGAGGAGGUAGGGGAGAAACAGGAAGAGGGGCAAGUAGGGGAGGAAGAGGAGGAUGAGGAGGAAGAGGUAGGAGAGGAAGAGAAGGGAGAGAAACAGCAGGAGAGUGCUGAGGACUUGAUCCAAGAGCUCUCAGCUACCGGGUCAGAACAGGGGAAAGCGUUCUCAGCUACCGUGUCAGAACAGGGGAAAAAGAGAGAUGGUGAAGACCAGAAAGCAGAUGCUUCAUAUGUUGAUGAGGAGGAGCAUGAUUUCCCAGAGGGCCAUGAAAACCUUAUCACUUUGGAUGACCUAGAGCAGGAUUCAUCAGCUGAUGACCAAGAUAACCAGUCAAUUAAUGAGCCUAAGAGCAGAUCCAAGAGCAAGCCCUCAGGACGUGAUCAGACACCUGGUAGAGUGAUCUACGUCAAAAACCUUCCUAGAGGCUUCUAUACAGAUAGUGACUUCCUGGAGAUUGUUAAAGGCUUUGGGAGAGUGCACCGCUAUUUCCUCCUUCGCAAUGGUGAAGAGGGCUUCAUUGAGAUGGAGAAGUCUUCUGAUGCAACAAAGGCUUUAAGAGAGCUGCGUUAUGAUGGCUGUAAAUUAUACGGCCAGAAGUUGAUCAUCCUGCGGUCUCAGAAAUAUAAAAGACUAACAAUAGGGUGGAAACCUGAAUCAGACUCUGAUUCUAAAAGUGAUCAGAAGAAAGAUCACAGCAAUACUAGAAGCACCAGCAGCAGUAGCAGGAUAAGGAGAUGGACCAGCAGUCAGUCAAAGUCAGCAGCUAAGGACGAGGAGACGAGAGAGGAGGACGAGGAGACGAGAGAGGAGACGAGAGAGGAGGACGAGGAGACGAGAGAGGAGACGAGAGAGGAGGACGAGGAGACGAGAGAGGAGGACGAGGAGACGAGAGAGGAGGACGAGGAGACGAGAGAGGAGGACGAGGAGACGCGAGAGGAGGACGAGGAGACGGACGAAGAGAUGAAAGAGGAGGACGAGGAGGACGAGGAGACGAAAGAGGAGGACGAGGAGACGAAAGAGGAGGACGAGGAGACGAAAGAGGAGGACGAGGAGACGAAAGAGGAGGACGAGGAGACGAAAGAGGAGGACGAGGAGACGAAAGAGGAGGACGAGGAGACGAAAGAGGAGGACGAGGAGAGGACACGACAAAUACACUCCGAACAGCGUAGUAAUCAAUCGUCUGAUCCAGCCAAAAACAUGGACAGAGGAGCGUCUAAAUUGAAUACUGACAAAUUCUCCAACAGUGAAGACCAAAACAAUGCCCCUGUCUCUGCUGCUGAGGAUGAGAAGCGGGCCUGUAGCACUGAGGACAAUGUAGAAACCAAGAUGGAGGAUAAUGUGGAAAGAGGACCAGAUUACGUGAAGACUGGUAUGGAGUCAUCAUUCCACCCCAACAACCCAGUGGGAAGGGAAUUCAUUAAACCUGUCAUGGGCUACUUCUGCAACUUGUGUCAAGUAAUCUAUGUCAAUGAGGACGAAGCAAAGAACCAACACUGCAGCAGCCUCUGUCACUAUCUGAAGUUUAUGGAACAUUCAGGUAAAGACACAGCCUCUAGCUAAAAGAUGUCCAUCUCUGGAGGAAGUUGACAAGAUGGCAGUCUUAGACCCAAUUUAACGGGAAGUGUACAAGUGCACACUUCUGGAGGAGUGUGAAGAAUUGGGAUUUUGCCAUGUUUUACGCUCAGAAGAACGCCACAGGUGUACCUAAUCCACGAGAGGCUCUUUGUGAAACUCAUCCUAGAACAAUAAAUGGGAUUGCAGAUUACGUUAAUCUGUAUUGGUUUAUAUGAACAAAUGUACAGCACCUACCUACAUAUAUUGUUAUGUUUGUGUUAAAAUAGCUCAGAUCUACUUCCUGUAACUUGAUUUGUUUGUCCUGUGCUUGGAAUUAAAGCUAUUAGAAAACCCUA